UGAAUGUGUCCGCGGUGGAUCAUCGGCUCGGCCGCCAUAGAUAGGGAUGAUCCACUGCCGCGUCCGGCAGCGUUGCCAUCGAUCGAAUCGGCAGGCGCUGGGACUCGGCGAUCGAGGUACUGUUGCGCAGGGCAGGGUUGCGAGGUCUGGUCCCGAAUUGAGGCUGCGCUCCUCCGAGGCGGCGGCUAAUCGACGCGAUCGCGGGGAGGACUGGAUCCCGCUGCUCCGCGAUCCGGAAGAGGAUGAGGCGUCGAUCGAGGUAUGCCCUUUCUUUCAGCAAGGAAUUUCGCCGAGGGGACUCUUUCCACAGGAAGAAGUGCGAGAAUUUUGCAUUGGAAUGGGAGUGAUCGCGCCAGCUUCGCGAUCGAUGAUGGAAGAAGAUGGUUGCGAAGACCUUCCGGAAGCGCGGAUUUCUUUUGAUCCUCUGGAAGCUCCUUCGAAGAUCAAGACGUCGCCCUCGUCGCAUUUGCUGGGGAAGGAGAUGGUUUCGGCGAUACGAAAUGCGGUAGAUGCUUUUGGGGAAGAUCAACGUGCCAGGCAGGAGAUCUCUGUGGAUUUGAUUGCGGACGAGCUUCUAAGCGAGCUCGAGAGAGCUGCUGCGCAGGUUGCUGGCAUGGAAUCCGAGGUGACAAUGCUAAGGGAGCGCGUCCAAGCGAGUGAAACUCGAGAAAGAUUCCUCCAGCAACAAUUGAAUCGAGCUCGAAAGACGUCAAAUGGACAGCACUGUUGCCACUGCUCUUCCGCAACGCAAAGAUUGGCCGCUCUAGAAGACUUUUCCAGGCGUAAAGACGAGACGACCCUGGAGCUGGAGCGAGAGAUUCAUAGCCUGCAAAGAAAGAUUUCUAGCUUCCUCAACAACAGAUCGGAGUGCCCGACUCCAGUGGCCAUCAAAAAACUCGUUACCAGAUUUUCUUCGUCGCGAGAUCCAGAGACAAGCGAAAACAAAAGCGAAAGAGCUAGAAAAUAUGAAAAGAAAGCCGCCACAAGAGCGAAUUCUAGCAGCAUCCUAGCCGAUCUUACACCCAACAUUUGUAGAUAGUUUAAAUAAAGUAUAUUCUCCUGGAUCAA